AUGAAAAACAUUAUGUCAGCGUGGACGCCCAACCCAGAAGCGCUCAACCAAAUAGUACAGAUUCUUUCUGGCACACUUGCCUCGGAUACAAGUACUCGCGUGCAGGCAACAAAAGCAUUAGAGAAGGUAAAAUCGGAACUGGAUUUUGAUAACUACCUACUACACAUUCUUGCUGAAGGUGGCCAAUUGGAGCCCCAAGUUCGAGCAUCGGCCGGUCUUUUGAUCAAGAAUGAUCUCAUCAAGAAUUGGGCUAAUAAAACCACGGACUUGCGUGAACAUAUUUUACAGGACAUACCAAAGGGUCUUUUGGAUGGUCAAAAUCUUGUAAGAAAUAUUACAGGAAAUGUCAUUACUACUCUAUUUUCCAUUUUGGGAGUAAGUCAAUGGCCUAACAUCCUUCCUAACUUAAUGCAACUUGCCACCGGUGAUGCCGGUACCACGGAAUCUCAAGAAGGUGCGAUGAGUACUUUAGUCAAGAUUUGUGAGGAUUCUGCAUGGUUAUUGGAUAGAGAAUACGAUGGUCAGAGGCCUUUAAAUUACAUGGUACCGAGGUUUAUCGAGCUAACAUCUUCUCCAAGCGGACGUGUGAGGGCUUUGGCAUUGUCUUGUCUCAACCAUAUCCUGAUCAUCAAAUCGCAAUCCAUUUUGGUUAAUUUGGAUCAGUUUAUGGCUAGAUUGUUUUCCAUGGCUACAGAUCCUGAUCCUAAAGUGCGCAUUGGUCUUUGUAUUGCCUUUUCUAGUAUUUUGGAUGCCACUCCUCAGCAGAUACUGCCUCAUUUAGAUGGCAUCAUUGAUUAUUGCCUUCAUUCUAUCGGUGAUAAUGAUGAAGAGGUUGCGCUACAAGCUUGUGAAGUGUUACUUUCGGUUGCCUCUGCAAAUAUUUCAUAUGAUGUUCUCAGACCAAAGUUGGAACAGAUCAUUCCGGUCUUACUAAGGAAUAUGGUUUAUUCCGAGAUGGAGGUCUUUAUAAUGGAAGGACAGGAUGAGAAGGAUGAUGAGGAUGUUGCUGAUCGUGAUGAAGAUAUACGUCCACAGGCUGCUCGAAGUAAGGAGGCUCAUAAGGUCACUAAGGCUAAGACUAACAAAGAGUUGUCAGUGACUCAAAAUGGCAACUCUGAGGAUGAAGAUGAUGAGGAGGAGGAGGAUGAUGAAGAUGAUGAUCUUGAUUUGAAUCCGUCUUGGACGUUGAGAAAAUGUUCUGCUGCUUCAUUGGAUAUCUUGGCGUCCAAGUUCCCGCACGAAGUCCUUAAAUCCUCCUUUCCUGUUAUUAAAGAGCGUAUUGUAUUUGAGGAAUGGCCCACGCGAGAGGCUGCCAUUCUUGCUUUGGGAGCUAUCGCUGAAGGUUGCUGGGAAGAAGCCACACCUCAACUACCUUCGAUGAUUCCCUUCCUUGUAGAGAGAUUAAAGGAUCCUCAGCCAAGAGUGAGACAGAUCACGUGUUGGACUUUGGCUAGAUAUUCUGUUUGGGUGUGCGGUGAAGCUGUUGCUGGUGGCUCUUGUGCAAAUUAUUUUAGGCCAACUUUCGAGUCCAUUAUGGAUUGCGCUUUGGAUACUAAGAAAAUCGUUCAGCAGAGUGCUUGUUCUGCAUUGGCUGACUUUAUUGAGAAUGCAGAGCCUGACCUUCUUUCCCAGUUCAUAGAGCCAUUGCUUCAGCAUUUCCAGGUAUACUUCCAUAAGUAUCAGCGAAAAAAUCUUAUCAUCUUGUACGAUACAGUUCAGACAUUUGCUGAGAAGAUUGGCGAACAUAUAUGCUACAAUGAAGCUUAUAUCAAGAUGCUACUGCCACCGUUAAUAGAGAAAUGGCAGCAGCUUGGUGACGAUGACAGAGAUUUGUGGCCUCUUCUUGAGUGCAUGUCUUCUGUUGCUGCGGCUCUGGGUGAAUCCUUUGCUCCUUAUGCUGUGCCUGUCUAUGAGAGGGCCAUCAGAAUUCUUUCUCGCUGUAUUGAGCAGGAUCAAUUGGCCCAUUCAGAUGCCUCUUUUGAUGCUCCUGAAAAAGAUUUUGUUGUGACAUCAAUUGAUCUAAUUGAUGGUCUCGUACAAGGACUGUCGAAUCACUUUGGUGAACUUGCAAAUUCUAGUAGCGGAAGUUUUCUGUCUGGUGAUACAUUGAUGCGAUUGUUAAUGACUUGCUUUGAUGAUCCGGUAGAUGAUGUUCGUCAAAGUGCCUACGCUUUGCUCGGAGAUUUGUGCAUUUACAUUAUGGAGCCAUUUGUGCUUCCGCAUUUGCAUGAGGUGAUGGUUGAUAUCGGCGUAGAGAUCGGUAAUCAUAUUUAUGAUACCAAUGCUUCCACUAACAACGCUAUUUGGGCUUUGGGUGAACUUUCCUUAAGGAUAUCGAGUGAGAACAUGAAUCCGUAUUUGGAUAAUUUCAUGAAGUUGCUUGGGCCUUUGCUUCUUGACACUAGUAUUGAUAGCACGGUCUUGGAAAAUACAACGAUUGCAAUUGGCAGAUUUGGCGUUAACAACGCACAGCAGAUGGGCCCAUACCUAGAACGAGCUCUUGCGUCCUGGUGCGGCUACAUGAAGUACCUUGAGGAGAACGAAGAAAAAGAGACGUCCUUCCAAGGUAUGUGUAAUAUUAUAGCUGUCAACCCACAGGGAAUCAACCCUACUGAUGUGAAUGGUCGCAACGCUGUGAAAGCUUUCAUCGAUUGCAUUGGCAGUUACCGGAAUCCCGGAGAUAACUUGGCAUCGACUUUCCGCAUACUUUUACAAGGAUUCAAGAAUGGGUUAGGCGAUGCUGGAUGGCAGCAGGUAUUAUCGGAACUAGAACCUAGCUCUGUUCAACUGAUAACAGCAAGGUGUCUAUAG